ACCCAGCAUCUCCAGAUAGGACUGGGGGGAUGGAUUGUCUAUCUAAAACCCUAGAGCACUUGUUUCCAAUGAACUAAGUACUACAGAUCUUCUGUUUUUCCAAAGCCAAGCCAUGGACUCCCUACUUUUGAAUACCUGAGACCUGGGACCUUCUCAUGAGGACUGGAGCCUUGCUUUUACUUCUAAGGGGAAAGUUGGAACCGGGCAGCAGUGCACAUGAGAAGGUCCCACGUUUGAUCCCCUGCCAUUUCCAAGCAGGGCUGGGAAAGGCUCCCUGCCUGGAAAUACUGGAGAGCUGCUGCCAGUCAGUGUAGACAAUACUAAGCCAGAUGGAGCAAUGGGUCUGGCUCAAUCUAAGUCCAUUUCCUCUGUUCCUGUCACAAAUCAUUCCCAAGCAAACCAGCUCUUCAUUGUGGACCGCUGACUAUUUUGACUCCUCUAAUGGCUUCUGGACUCCAACUCCCAUCACAUCUGACCUUUGAUCUUCCUGGCUGGGGCUGAUGGGAGUUGGAGUCCAGCAAGAUCACGAGGGCAGCUCCUUCCCCAUCUUUACGUACUGAAAAAGUGAGCUCUUUCCCCCACCUUACAUAGCUAGCUAGCUAAAACGGAGUCACAUCCAGUGCCGGAUUUACAUGCAGGCUGAGCAGGCCGCAGCCCAGGGCCUCCUAAUCUAGGGAGCCCUUGGCCUCUUGCAAAAAAAACCAGGCAGAUUUUACAACCUAGGCCAAGUUGCUUGGUAACAGUAAAGAAGAGAACGUGGUUUUAUUUCUCGUGAUCAGAUGCUGCUAAGUUUGGACCUCCCAAGGUCUCCCAGUCCAGGGGCUCCAGUUGCUUCAAUCUGGGCCUGGUCACCUGUGUAGAAGGGUGCUGUCAGCAAGCCUGAGAGAACCACAAGGUACCCAGGAGAAAAAUGGGUGUAAGCGGUGUUGGAGGAGCCUAAGAGGGGAAGAAGCCCAGAACAGGCAGGUGAACAAACUGAGCAUCCUCUGUGGUCACAGAAUCCAAUUUUGCGUGGGGAGGCUAAAUGGAAUGGAGCAUCAGAAGAGAGGGCAUGGCUGGCUGGCCGGCCGGCCCACUGAACAGAAGCAUAAAGGAAUCCACCCUUUCUGCUUAUGGAUCUCGGAGCAUCGUCCAUCUCUAAGAAGACAUCCCUCGAGGAUUCAGCCGCUGAGCCACAGGCUUCCGCCCCAAGUUGCUGCAGGGAAUUAUGCCGAUUUAUUCCUUCCAACUUCUGGCAAGAAACAAAGAAAAUUUUGGUGCUGGCAGGGCCGCUGACACUCAUCCAGUUACUCGUAUUUAUGAUCCAUGUCGUCAGCACAAUAUUCUGUGGCCACCUUGGCAAGGUCGAGCUGGCUUCUGUCACCCUUGCCAUUGCGGUUAUAAAUGUAACAGGCAUCUCUGUUGGAUUUGGGUUGUCUUCAGCUUGCGAUACGUUAAUAUCACAGACGUAUGGAGGGAAGAAUAUGAAAAGGGUGGGCACCAUCCUGCAACGGGGGAUCCUCAUUCUGCUUCUCUGCUGCUUCCCCUGCUGGGCUGUCUUCGUCAACACAGAGCAGCUCCUCCUACUCAUCCGACAGGACCCAGAUGUCUCCAGGCUCACACAGGUUUACGUCAUGAUCUUCAUCCCAGCGCUUCCCGCGACGUUUAUUUACCAGAUCCAGAUGAGGUACCUGCAGAAUCAGAGGAUCAUCUGGCCUGAGGUUCUGUGCGGCAUUGCUGGAAACAUCGUCAAUCUGAUUGCAAAUUAUGUCUUCCUCUACCAGCUUCACAUGGGGGUUAGGGGCUCUGCCUGGGCCAACACCAUCGCACAAUAUUCGCAAGCCAUUGCCCUCUUCCUGUACAUCAAAUGGAAAAAGCUUCACGCUGAAACUUGGGGAGGAUGGUCCACCGAAUGCCUCCAGGAAUGGGACGUGUUUAUGGCCUUAGCUGUUCCCAGCAUGCUCAUGACCUGCAUUGAAUGGUGGACCUUCGAAAUCGGAAGUUUUAUGAUAGGUCUCCUCGGUGUCCUAGAGCUGUCGUGCCAAUCCAUCAUUUACGAAGUGGCCACAAUCGCCUACAUGAUUCCGUUUGGGAUCAGCGCAUCUGUUAGCGUCCUGGUGGGGAACGCCUUAGGGGCUGGGAACUUCGAGGAAGCCCGGAAAUCCUUCGUGGUCUCCAUUUUGUGCACAGUGUUUUUUUUCCUGCUGAUGGGCACCCUCACGGCAUCCACAAAGGACGUCCUAGCUUAUAUAUUUACCAGCGAUGAGGAGGUAGUUGAACUCGUGGCAAAGGUCAUUCCCGUCUACGUCGCUUUCCACUUUUUCGAAGCCCUUUGCUGUACCACCAGCGGGGUCCUGCGUGGCACCGGGAAACAGAAGCUUGGCGCCAUCUUCAACGCCGUCGGGUACUACGCCGUGGGAUUGCCCGUGGCCAUCGUGCUGGUUUUCGUGGCCAAAAUGGGACUCAUAGGCCUCUGGCUGGGCAUGUUGAUAUGCGCCCUUAUCCCUUGCAUAUGCUCUAUAACCUACAUUGGCCGGAUGAACUGGAAGCAGGCGGCUGAGGAGGCUCAGCACCGUGCAGGAUUGACCCAGAGGCUGCCCCCGGAGGGUUUGAACUCGGCUCCUGUCCCAAGCAAGAUGGCUCCUUCUUCCGGCCAGACGGACGCUCAGAACGGAGCCGUCCUCCUUAGUUUCUCCAAGACCGACGGGCCAACUUACCAGCUCCAGCUGCAGGAUGAGACGGUGACAGGCCUCUCCACUGUGGGAAAAGUCCUGACUACACGGCAACUGAUCAUCCAGAGGGGAUUGGCCGUUGCAGCUUCCGUCAUCAUCCUGGCCAUCGGAGUCACGAUUCGGUUCUUCACCGUUAAAGAUUAGGGAUAUAUUCACACGCACACACACCUCAUUUUGGUUGGUCCAGGAAGGAGACAGAGGGAAGGGGUCCUGUUUGACUUAGAAGCAAGAAACUGGACCCCAGAAUAGCUGGGCGCAGGGCUGUGUUUUGAUGUCAUCAGCGAGUGCAGGACGGACUUGAACCCAGGACUUGGUGGCGCAAGAAACCCAGGUCUGGCUCAGAGAGGAAUAGCCACACUGCUGCCUGACAGAUGUCACUGUGCUACACUCCCAUCAUCCCUUGCAGUUGGGGGCCAUUUUGGCUGGGGCUGAUGGGAGUUGGAGUCCAACCGUUGCCUACCUUGGCAGGGCAGAAACCAUGCUGCGGAGAGGAAGGGCCGCCUCUCGCUACGUUCUGCUCAAGAGUUGACCAAAACUGAAAUGAAUGGGCCUCCGUCAGCUGUGCCCAUUAAUGUCGAUGGGUCUACUCUGAGUAGGAUGCAACCAUGAAACGAUAUCAAUAAAGCGCUCAAGGCCCAGAGGUCAAAUCAGGAAAAACUCUUAAUCAUUAAAAAGCUUCAACCCACUCUCGUUUAAUCAUGUUAUAUUUGCAGCUUGCGUAAGUUACAAGGAUACACCCACAUUUCUUAAACAUACAGAGAGAGAAAUAUAUCCAUCUUCCCAUAUAAAAUAUUUUGAUAAUAAUUCUAAACUCACGUCAGUUCUUUCGUUCUCUGCAUCUAAAAUACUUUAUGUAAGAAGUGUUUAUUUUGAAGGGAAAAGAAUGAAAGGAAGACAAGUCCUUGGAAAAGGUCAGUUGGAAACAAAUCUAUAGAUCGCUCUGGUUGAAUUCAAUCCACCUUCCAGCACAGAAAUGGGAUGAGUCAGUUGUAGUGAAUCAGACCAGCCUCCACUGGUGCCUUCCAGAGGGUUGGGACUACAAGUCCCAUCGGCCUCAGCCAACCUGAUGGAUUUUGUAGUCCAAAAACAUAUUGGAAGAUGCCAGGUUGCGGAGAGGCUGUAUUAAAACACCCAUCUCGGAAACCUCUCUCUUAAAAAACAAAACCCUUUCUCUUCUCCUCCCUCUUUGCAGUGAACUCUGGGAACUGUAGUUCUGGGAGGGGAACUUGGAAUCUCCUAACAAGUCCCAGCACCCUUAUCCAACUACAGCUCCCA